AUGAGUGAAACGCGUUGCUAUUUCGAUAUCACAAUCAAUAAUAUUGAUGCAGGAAGGAUUGUUUUUGAGCUAUUUCCCAAUGAAUGUCCAAAGACGAGUGAAAAUUUUCGACAAUUAUGUACUGGUGAAGCUGGAAUUGGAAAAGUCCACGAUAAGCAGCUAUACUAUAAGGGAAUUAUUUUUCAUCGAGUUGUUAAAGGCUUCAUGAUUCAAUCGGGUGAUUUCAUAAAUUCUAAUGGAACUAGUGGCGAAAGUAUUUACGGAAAGACAUUCGACGAUGAAAAUUUAUCCUUAAAACAUGAAAAGCCAUUCCUUUUAAGUAUGGCAAAUCGCGGAAAGAACACAAAUAGUUCUCAAUUUUUUAUAACAACAGCUCCUGCCAGUCAUUUAGAUGGAAUUCAUACUGUGUUUGGUAGAGUUGUAAGCGGACAGGAUAUUGUACGACAAAUUGAAGAUUUACCAGUUGAUCGUAAUUCGCGACCAUUAGAUGAAGCUAUGGUUAAGUCUUGUGGUGAAUUAGUAAAGCAGGUCAAAGAGAAAAAAGAGAAGAAGAAGAAAAAGGUUGAAGUUAGUGACUCAUCAGACAGCACAUCCAGCGACUCGUCAUCAGAAGAUGAGAAAAAAAAGAAACGAAAGAAGAAAAAGGAAAAGAAAAAAUCCAAAAAAGCUUCAAAGCACAAAGAGAAUGCUGAGUCGUCAAUCGAAGAGGGUGAAUUGGAAUCUGACACGGAAUGUCUUAAUCCUUUAGUUUCAGUCACAAAAAUCGACCCAAAAGAAAUUCCAGAAGUUAAUAAUAAAUUUCUAAUGCGAUCUGAAAGACCUCGCGAUGAUGAUGAUAAAAACAGACGCAGUGAGGAUCGAAAUGGAAGUGACAAUCGUCGUGAAAAGAAUUUUGGUUGGUCAAAGCGCUAUGUACCUCAAUCUAGAAGUGGACGCGUUAUUAAAGGUCGUGGAAGUUUCCGAUAUCGAACACCAUCCAGAUCACGUUCACGUUCCGUUACUCCUGAACACUGGAAGGCAGCAACACGAAAGCUGAUUAAAUUCUCAGAAUUUGAGAAAUUAGAAGAAGUAAAGAGACAACGUGAGGAUGAAAUAAAAAGGCGUACAGAAGAACGGAAAAAGAGACAUGAAGCAAUUUCUCGUGGUGACGGCAAAAAAUCAUUCUUUGAACUUGGUCAAGAGACUACAACAGCUGCACGAGUUGAAAUUGAAUAUCCAAAAGAACCUGAAAAAUCAAUUAAUGAUGAACUUGACUAUGAAGCUGAUGACAUUGUAGAGGAAUUACAAAAACCUGAAAAGAAAAUUGUUGAAACAAACCAAAAAGCACGCAUCAGAAUUGAAAUGUCUAAAAGUCCAGAUCGCAUUAAGAAUAUUCGUAAACGUAGCAAAUCACGUUCUAAAGAAUUCGAUCGACGAAAUCGUGACCGAAAAGAUUUUCCUGAUUAUCGUAGAAGACAAAACGAUGGAAGGAACUUUGAACGCAAUAAUCGUUUUGAUCGAUUCCGUCGAGAUGAUAGAGAUCGAGACAGGAAUCAAGAUAAUUUUGGAAGAAAUAGAAACUACAGAGAUGAAAGAGUCAGACGCAAAAGUCGCAGUAAUUCUCGAAGCCGUUACAACAGACGCAGAUCAUCAGAACGAAAACGAUCAUUGUCUCCUCAACAGCCCAAAAAACCAGAAGAAGUUGUCGAAAACUCAAAGAAAAUUGAUGAAAAUCCAAAGAUGAAAUACAAUGAAACUGAUAUUGAGGAUUUGGAGCGUCGAGUAUUGGAAGCUAAGAAAGUAUUGGAAAUUAUUGUAAAGGAAAAAGAAAAAGAGGAAGAAGAAAAGCGCAGGCGAUCUCUUUCAAGAUCAUCGAAACGCUCUGACAAGAAAAAGAGGCGAAGGCAUUCAGAUUCAUCAGAUUGA